CUACAGUGUAAGGGGAAGAGUGUUAUAACCAUUUUACAGGGGAGGAAGCUGAGGGCCUGCAAGGUUAAGCAACUUGCCUAAUGUCACACAGCCGGGGAUUUGAACCUAGCUCUUGGUCCAGUGUUCCUGCAACAUGGGUUCCUCGAGCACAGGGAUGAAGGGGGGCCUGACCCUGCAGCAUUUGGGGCAGUGGGCCCUCCUAUUGAAUCUAAGUGCCCUCUCUCCACCUUUCCAGACGUCUGGGCCAGGAGAUCAGGACUGGUGGAGCUCACGGAUGGCAAUGGCCAUGACACUUGGGCAGAAGGUGCUGCUACGGGGCCCAGCGGCCAGUGGAGAAAAGUAAUGGUGCCCUUUAAACACCUCUUGAAAACGGGGAAGAGAGCACACGCUGGUGCCAGGAGCCAGGAUGCAGGGAUGACGCCUCCAGGGGUCCCAGCCUGCCAGCCACCCGGGCGCUAGGAGCCGUCCCUGGGCUCCAGCUGGGAGCCCUGCUGCCCAGGGUAAUGGCAAAACCUUUCUUCCGACUCCAGAAGUUUCUCCGCCGAACACAGUUCCUGCUCUUCUUCCUCACGGCUGCCUACUUGAUGACCGGAAGCCUGCUGCUGCUGCAGCGGGCCCGAGUGGCCCUCCCGCAAGGCCCCCGGGCACCCAGCCCCCUGCAGGCCUUGCCUGUGGCCGCCAUGGCAUUGGGUGUGGGUCUGCUGGACAGCAGAGCCCUGCAUGACGCCCACGUCAGCCCGGAGCUGCUGCUCGACAUGGAUGUGCUGCGGAGCCCCCUGGCCCGGCCCCGGCCCGGCCCCCGCUGGCUCCGGAGUCGCAACUCAGAGCUGCGUCAGCUGCGGCGGCGCCGGUUCCACCACUUCAUGGGUGACACCCAGGGGCCGGCCGCCCUGGGACCUGAAGCCCCCAGGCCAGCCGCUCACAGCCGAGGCACAUACGUUGGAUGCUUCAGUGAUGAGGGCGAGGAGAGAACUCUGAAGGGGGCUGUGUUUUAUGACCUGAGGAAGAUGACCAUCUCCCACUGUCAGGACGCCUGUGCUGAGCGGUCCUACAUCUAUGCCGGUUUGGAGGCUGGAGCAGAGUGCUACUGUGGGAACCGGCUCCCAGCAGUGAGCGUCAGGCUGGAGGAGUGUAACCACGAGUGCAAGGGGGAGAAGGGCUCAGUGUGUGGGGGCAUCAACCGGCUCUCUGUGUACCGCGUGGAGGAGCUGCAGCCAGGCUCCAGGAAGCGGAGGACCGUCAUGUAUCGCGGGUGCUUCCGACUACCAGAGAAUGUCACACACGCCUUCCCUGACUCCCUGAUACAGGCCAAUGUGACUGUGGACACGUGCGCGGGCUUCUGUUCCCAGAAAGAGUUCCCCUUGGCCAUCCUCAGGGGCUGGGAGUGCUACUGUGCUUACCCCACACCACAGUUCAACCUGCAGGAUGCAGUGGACAGCUCACUGUGCAGCCAGGAGCCUGAGGCACAGAGGCUGGGGGCUUACUGUGAGGUCUACCAGACGCCUGUGCAAGACACUCGGUGCACAGACCGGAGGUUCCUGCCCGCCAAAUCCAAAGUGUUCGUGGCUCUGUCAAGUUUCCCAGGAGCUGGGAACACGUGGGCGCGGCACCUCAUCGAGCAUGCAACUGGCUUCUAUACAGGCAGCUACUACUUUGAUGGAACCCUUUAUAAUAAAGGGUUCAAGGGCGAGAAGGACCACUGGCGGAGCCGGCGCACCAUCUGCGUGAAGACGCACGAGAGUGGCAGGAGGGAGAUCGAGGUGUUCGACUCGGCCAUCCUGCUCAUCCGGAACCCCUACAGAUCCCUGGUGGCCGAAUUCAAUAGGAAGUGCGCAGGGCACCUGGGCUACGCGGCUGACCGCAACUGGAAGAGCAAAGAGUGGCCAGACUUCGUCAACAGCUAUGCAUCGUGGUGGUCCUCGCACGUGCUAGACUGGCUCAAGUAUGGGAAGCGGCUGCUGGUGGUACACUAUGAGGAGCUGUGUCGCAGCCUGGUGCCCACGCUGCGGGAGAUGGUGGCCUUCCUCAACGUGUCCGUGAGUGAGGAGCGGCUGCUUUGCGUGGAGAACAACAAGGAGGGCAGCUUCCGGCGGCACGGCCAGCGCCCCCACGACUCCGAGCCCUUCACGCCGGAGAUGAAGGACCUGAUCAAUGGCUAUAUCCGGACAGUGGACAAGGCCCUGCGUGACCACAACUGGGCCGGGCUGCCCAGAGAGUAUGUGCCCAGAUGAUAGGCCGCUGGCCUCACCCCAGCCAGGACGUGGUCACGGUGCCGGCUGCGCACAUGCCUGGAGGCUGGCCCUUAGCCUCGUGGGGACACACAGCGAAGUCUGCACAGCCAGACAGAGGGCCCACCAGAUGCUGCCUCUAGGCCAGGAGACCCGACACAGCCCUCAGCUCCACACUCACACGCUUCACGCAGCAGCACCGACAUACACACGUGCUUGUAGACACAGUUGACACACUACCCCAUGCUCACAAUGCCCGUGUGGACGCAACUAAGCUUUUCACAUAGGCUGCUCCAGGACACUCAGACCCACUCUCAGACUCACAGACGUAAUCACACACAGACAUAUAUACACAGAUGCUGGGCUCCAUGUUCCCGGAGGCUGGCCGGCUCUCUCGCUCACAGACACACGUGCACCCCAAGCUCACUCUUGGGGACCCCGGGUGUCCUGUUCCCAGGCCAGCACAGACUUGCUCUUCAGGGCCCUCUGAUCUGAAGGAACCUUGACCCCUGGACUUGGGGGCACUGGGCUGGGUGAUGUCAUGCUCUGAGCAGCAAAGACCAUUGGGUUGGAGGUGGGGUCAUAGACUUGCUGCCAGGCAGGUGGCCCUGUCUGCGUGUCUGACAUCCAUAAAUGUGUGACUACUGCAGCCUGCCUCUCCCGUCUCUGUGGAUGGGCUGGCAGCACCAUGGGCAUGGUGGGUUCCCCCCGCCACAUGCCCCCCCAACCUCAGGCCUGGCUGUUACAUGUCCUCUGUACCCUCCACCUGCCCCUUCCCACUUGCCCUACACCAGCAAUCCUUGGAGUGGGUUUCUUUGCUGGGCUUCUUCUCUGACCAUCCCCAGGAAAGCUGGGGUUCACACCAUGCCCCAGAAGUGGCAUGAGGGGGAGCAGUAGGGCAGAGGCUGGGCCUGCAAGGAAGCCCCUGAACUCCAGGGGCUGAUACACCAGCAGGAGGAGGUUUGGGCUGGACAUGGGAGACUGUAGAGGGAUGGUCUCGAGGAUCACGGUACCUGGUUGUGCUCCCUCCCCCAACAUAACUGGUCCCUGCAUCCAUGGCAUCCCAGGCUGGCCUGGGAAGAGCCGGAGCUGGAUGGCUGCUCAGGGGAAGGUGCAGCCGCCCUGCCCAUCCACAAGACCUCCAGAGGCCAGGCAGUGCCGCAGCUCUGACAGUCACUCCACCACUUCCUGUUGUCAUUGCUGUGACACUUGGUCUCUUUGCCACACUCUCUGUUUUUGCGAGGCUGGCAUCUUUCCCACUUGUUCAUCCAUGUCCUUGACAAAAGGGCAAGGGCGCUGACAGACGCUGAGGCUGUGUGAUGUGUGCUGGCCGCUGGAGCUCACAGUCCGAUAGGAACAGGGGGAGACAUCACAGAUGGGCACGGACAGCCCCAUAGCAAAAGAGGUUGUGCUGCGCAGGCCCAGGAACAUCAGCCAGUCCCCUCUGCCUCUGCAGGGAGUGCAUCACAGGGCUAAGAACUGGUCUCAAAGAAUCUGUAGAAAUUAUCCUGGCCAAGGAGAGAGAAGGAGAAUUGAGGCAGAGAGAACAGUACUUGCAAAGGCUCAGAGGCCUGGAAAACCCCGGUGUGUUUGAGGAAUGUGUGAAGAGUUGAGCGUGGGGCAUGUGCACCCAUUUCUGUGCAGUGGGAGGAGGGGAGUCGGUUGGUGAGGCUGGAUGUGGGGGCAGAGGAAGGGACUCUGUCCUUCCAGCCACUGAGCGCUCAGCCUGACUCCCAGGCCUGGGUGUGGAGGGGUGCUGAUGCUAAUUUCUGUCUUGGGUCACCCUUCCCUGUCUGAGGCUGUGGAGACCAGGAGGCUCAGGCCCGCCAGGCAGGGGUGCUACCUGGAGCAGGCUCAAGGCAGCCAAGACACAGGAGGACUGCUGAGGAGCUCAGGUUGCAUGUUGACCUCAGAGGGGAGGGAGGUGGCGAGCCCCUGAGCCCUUUGCAACUUCUGCAGGUCUGGGAUAACCCGGGAUGGGCCUAUGGACCUGCCCUGCGAGGACCAUCAGCAGGGAGACCCAUCAGCCUGAGCCAAGCUGCAUUGGGAGAAGACGGAGCAAAUGGUUUGGAGGCCCUGGCAUCAGAGCACACCCCAUGUCCUCUGCUCCGUGGCCCAGAGAGCACCAUCCACCAGGGCUGGAGCCCACUGGAGCUGCCUCUGUUAGAGCGGAGCCUCCCUAGCCUUCCGUUUCUCAGUGGGUGGCUUUGAGUGUUUGUGCUCCUCAGGACCUCCAAGUCCUUCCACUGAGAUGCCCGCAGAGCCACACUGAUGCUGAGGCUGUUCUUGAUCCUCCUACAGCCUCGCUAAGCUCAGGGCUGAGGACAGCAGGUCUUAGUAAAUGUUUAUCGGUGCAGGGUGGCUCCAUGGUCAAGUCUUCUGAAGCCCUGAUAAGGCUUCCAAAGUGGUAGGGACAAUUGAGAUGCACCCAGGAAUCCCACCCUGCCUUGGAAGGGGUGAGGAAGCAAUGACACCCACACCCCAGAGCAAACCUUAGAGGCUCAAAAGAAACAGGCGUUGGGCACAUGGAGAACCGGGGGCCCAGCCUCCUGCUGAGAUUUGCUCCUUGGCUUUGGCCCUCACUUUCCAGGCCAUCGGAUGACCUUCAGGGGAGAAGACUCGGAAGCCAUGGUGGCUGGAAGGGUGUGGCUGGAGGACCGGCCAAGACAGCAGCCUGGGCAUGACCUCUUGGGCUUCCCCUGCCACACCAGGAGUCUGGGGAGAGUAACAGCACCGGACUGUUCCUUCUGGUGGGUGGGUCGAUACAGUCACUGUCACCAGGUACCCAGAGUCCUCAUCUCCUUCCAGGUGGAACACCACCUGCUCAAAUGCCUUGGAGUCUACCACACACCUUAGCGGUGCAGACAAGCAAGAUGAUAGGGUCAGGAUCCACCCAGGUCACAGCGAGCCACUCCCCACCGGAUACUUGCCUCCCAGAUGUUGGGUGGUCCAAAAGAAUGAAGAUGCCCUGCCCGAUGUUGCUGGUCUUCAGCAGCCUUCAACUCAAGUCUUCCUCUGUAGGCAAUCUCAUCGGAAAUGCAGAAAGGGGAUCUGUCCUUUUAGACAAGUCCAUCUGUCUCUCUCCGACUUAGAUUUCAUCUGUAAAAAAUAUUUCAUCUGUAGCUGUUAGUAAAGAGGAUGCUGUCCCAACCAGCCAAGAAGGAGAAGCUCAUCUGUAUUUAGGGGAGAAGUGUAGCAAAUGCAUCAGGAUCCAGUUAGAACAGAACAGGGAAGCCUCACCUGUCUACAAAUUCCAACUCUAAUCGCAACGCUAUGGAGUUAACACAAACCUAUGUUAAAACAUGUAAUUUUCAUGGAUUUUAUCUCCCGUCGUGGAUCAAUUUGGAAAACUCAAAAUACAUCAUUUUAAAAAACUAAAACACACUGCUAGUCCCAGUGAUGGGUAAAUGAGAGAGAAGAAUAGACAGGCUUCCAAACCCUGGGAAGAACGCUGCUUAAUUAUGUGAGCAUCUUAUAAUGAAGUCUCUUCUAGCUAAAAUUAGCUUUGGAGUGCACGAAUGUGUGAUAAUGUUUGCACACCAGAAUGCUUUUUUUCCCCCCUUAAAAGUAGCAGGAGCUACUUGGUUCUUAAGGGGCCCCAAGAGGGAACCAGGAAGUGCUGGGGUUGAUCCUUGCAGCUUCGAGAAUUUUUGGGGGCACAGGCUUGUUUUCUUUUUAACUGGAAGCUGUUUGGGGAGCUUUGAGCCAGGAUGCCUCCAAAAGCAGUUCAUUUAGGUUUGGGGAGAAAUUAAUUCGUCUGCCUCACAUUGAUUGUCACCACCUGGUGCUGGGUGAGUUGGACUGAAGGAGGUAGGGAGUGGAGUGGAGUGGAAAAAAUACAGGGGCUUCAGACAGAGGGCUGGGUUGUAGUUCCAGCUCUGUUCUGUGAUUUUGGGCAAGGGCUUUUCCCUCUUUGGUCUCAGAUUCCUGUCCGUAAAAUGAGGAAUAUGGUGGAUGUUGUCGAUGGCAUCUCCACUAUCCAUUCCCCCAUUUCCUCUGCCAGUAGCCCCUGUUUUCUGUUUGGGGAUUUGUAUAAUGUGGAGGAACUGACUCACCAAGGUCAAGGUUGGAACACAUGACCUGGUCUAAGCCAAUCAACACAUUCCAUCUCUCUGGCUACAGUGAUUGGUUCAGGUUAUGGGCAUGUGAUCUGAGCCAGUGCUGUGAAUGCUGGGUAAAGAGACUCAUUUUACCCUCCUGCUAGAUAUGAAAGAAGAAAUAGGUAAUCCCGGGUCUUGAUGGUGGCCACCUUGGGGCCAUAAAAGGGAACCACUCUCAGCUUGAAGCUAUACCACUGAAGGGAGAGCUGAGAGGCAGGAAGAAAUCAGGCCCCUGGUGACAUUGUUUUAGUUCAGAGUCAAGCCUUUCCAUCAGCUGGAUCUAUCUCCGGACUUUUUUUUGUUGUUGUUACAUGAGCCAAUAAAUCCCUGUUAUUAAUUUGAGUUGGGUUUUCUGUUGCUUACAGUCAGAGCAUUGUGCAAAUGGCUUGUAUUGGAAGGCCCUGGGAGCUCUGACCUUCUCUGUCUCAAUUGCUGAUGGAGAUAAAGCCUGAAACUCAGACUAGCAUGAGCAGUUGUGUCUUUCCUAGUAGAAAUGGGAGGUUGCUAUCUACAGGAAUGGGGCUGGGUAUGAAAUGUUCAAAAGGAAGUUGUGCUCAGUCAAGCAGGACAAGUAGCAUUUUUAAGCCAGUACAUGUUGAGGUCACCCAGAUGUCCUUAGAAAAUAUUCCUUCCUGGAUGCCAGCCCAAACCAUUGGUUGUCUCAUUUAAUCCUUAAUCAAUCUUUUGAUGUGGGCAUUGCUAUUAUCUCCUCUUGACGGGAGAGAGGACUGAGACACCAGCCUGCACCAAUGAAUGUUAGGUGUGGUGCUCUUUGAAUUGGCCAUAACUCUCACAGAGAAUGUGAUAUGUUGGAAGGCAUGCUUUGAUAAGACACUUGAAUUGGGGGUGAGGUCCCCUUCAAGGGACACGUUUGACUAACAACAGAUGACCAGGGUUUUCAUUUCCUGGGACUGCCCUAACAAAUUAUCACAUACUUGGUGGCUUAAAACAGAAAUUUAUUCUCUCAUAGUUCUAGGGGCCAGAAGUCCAAAAUCAAGGUGUUGGCAGGGUUGGUUCCUUCCGGAGGUUCUGAGGGAUAAUCCAUUCCAUGCCUCUCUCCUAGCUUCUGGUGGCUGUUGGUGUUCCUUGGCUUGUAGGUGUAUUCCUCCAAGCACUACCUUCAUCUUCACUGGUUCCCUCCUGUGUCUCUUCCUCCUUUUAUGUCUCUUAUGAGGACUGUAGUCAUUGGUUUUAGGACCCACCCGAAUUCAGAAUAUCAUCUCAAGGUCCUUACCUUAAUGACAUCUGCAAAGACUCUUUUCCUAGAUAAGGUUACAUUCUGAGGUUCCAGGUGGACGUAUUUUUUGGUGGACAUAAUUCAACCCACUACAGACAGUAAAAUGCCUUCUAAAGAGGGUAGGUCUGGUUAACCACACAGCUUUGGUUUUGCUGAGUGGUGCCUGCAGGCUUGGGACAGAAUGGAUUUGCUACCAUUGGGAGAGAGGGAUGCUACUGAGAUUUGUUCGUUGUCUGUCCUUUCCUCUUUAACCCUACUGUGUGCGAUAUAUUUGAGGUACGAGGGAGGGAUAUGUGUUCUCUAUCUCCAAGAAACUCUCGUUGGAAUGUCUGACUAUAAUAUAAUACGCCAGAAUGGAGGCCUGUACACUAUGUAGAGAAAGCCAAGGAUCCAAGGAAGUCAGUGUAAGUAUACUUGUCCACAGCAUUCCUUGAUGUAACUGAACAUAGAUCUGGGCCCAGAUCUAUGUUCAGUUACAAAAAGAAUUUUCAUUAUGCAGAAACAUUGCAUAAAUCCAAGUCCCUGCCGUGAGAAAUGUGAGCAAAUCCACCCUGGAAAACAGACAUAAUUGCUUAUAUAAAAUGAAGAUUCUUGAUGUCAAAAAUAAAAACAAUUUUAGUAGAUGCUGCAAGCAUAAACUGAGAGAAUGAACCUUCUCUAGUGUUGGAGAUAUUUUUUCAGGCUCAGACAUCAGUAGUGACAGGUGCAUGGCUUGAAGGUUUUGCCAAUGAUGAUCAAUAACACUAAAUAGUGUUCUUAUGGAUCACGGAGUUCUACAGAAAUCAUUCCACGUGUGCCUCAGUGAAAUGGACAGUAUUCUUUCCAUUUGGGGAGAAAAGAAAACUUCAUUUCCGGUAUUGAGUUGCCUAACCUUCAACCCCUUCGAUUUACAAGUGAUAGAAAUGAUGGUUAGAGAGGGAAAGGGUCUCAGGAGUUUAUGCUGUGAGAACGAGUACAGAGCUAGGAUCAGAACGUGGGCUUUUUCCACUAAACCAUCUGAUUGCCCCUGUACUAUAUCCAUACAACUCUUUAGGAAGUGGCUGGAAAUGAGGUGGUUGUAUAUUCAGCUCAUUUAGAAGCAGCUUCAUUAAUCUCACUGCUAAUUUGUUGCCAAAGGGAGCAGCCCUUUCCAAAGGGGUGCCACUAGACUAGGAGCCCAGAGCUGCGACUGUCCAUCCCGAGCAGCAGAAAGGCCCUGCACUCAAAGAUACUGAUUGGCAAGUGUCUUUGGUGGGCCUGGGCCCAGCAGCGUGUCUGCGUUCAUAAGUACGGGUGCAUGUAGAUGUGAGCCAGCUGCUGAAAGACGUCUUGCUCCUUCGAGUCCCAUGCCAGCUAGCCUGAAAAUUACAAGUGACAAGAGCCUAGUCACCUGGGCUUUGGCAUCAACUCACUUGGAUAGCCCUCCCUCCCUUUGUCAGAACUACCAAAUCCAUAUGGCAUAUAACCUACCCCCAAUUUGGAACACAGGGCAUGCACUUAGCAUGUGGCUGGGAGGAAGCCUAGGAAAGCAGAGUAGUGGUACUUCUCACCCGCUCCAGCCUUCGCCAGUACCUGUUGCUGUCACAGUGACCCUGACUCAUGACGGUCCCACGUGUGUCAGAGUAGAACUGGGCUUCAUAAAGUUUUCAAUGGCUAAUUUUUUGGAAAUAGAUUGUCAGGCCUUUCUUCCAAAGCAAUUCUGGGUGGACUUGAACCUCCAACCUUUCGUUUAGCAGCCAAGCACGUUAACUCUUUGCACCACCCAAGGAGUCCCCCAGAUCGUACAUGGAACUUGCCACAAGUUGAAGUCACGCCACAGCAAAAUCACCUGUAUUAGUUUUCUAUAGUUGUGUAACUGCCUCUCCUUUAUACCAAGAAGAAUUGUCCUGGUCUCCAAAUUCAGCCUAGCAGGAAAUGGACAAAUCAGGAAGUCUCUGGCCCGACAUCCUAGUGGAAUGGGCCACUCCACGGGCCCACCCAAAUCAAGAGCCUUCUCUGUUUCCUGGGAAACCUGCUCUCAACAUAAUCCAUUAGUCCCUGCUCCACCCAGGCUUCCCCUGCUCCAUGGCCACAUUAACCUCCAUCAGAUAAUUAAGGGCUUGGCUUGCCGUGAGAGACCUUAAAUGUCACCUCUCUGUCACCCAAUACGUCUUUGAAUGACACAGGCUCUAAUGAGAUGUUCAAAUAUAGAAAACUGAAUGACUCCUCGCUUUAGUGGUGACAUUUAUUCAGCCGGAGUGAUCUGACUACGCCGCUACAUUACUUAUAAUUUCCACCUGACCUUGGGUGGUGACGGGUAAUCUUUAAGGAAGCUAUCCGUUUAAUCUCCCUCACCUUAUUAGCAUUUAAUUACCAUGACACAUUUCCAGAUGUACAAAGGAUGUUAGGAUUAUAAUUUAAUUUUUCCCUCAAGUGGCCCAGUAGCCAAGGGCAGUGGGCCUAGCUCUGGGACCACCAUGUUCUGGUCAAGGAAGUGCCCUGGUCCUGGUUCGGCUACCUGCUGUCUCAGAGCACCGAGCAGAGCGUAUCCCAAGUGUAGCACCCCAGGUCUGAGCAAGAUCUUCUGUCCCAACGUCUUCUCUCGCUCUCUGGCCAGUGGGCUGAAACUUGCUAUGUUGCUCAGGGUCAGGCCCAGGCACAGGGCCAGGAAAAGGAUGUUCUAAGCCCAGGAUGGCAGCAAAACUUCAGAUCUGAGAGCCGCACUGGCCAGUGGGCACCAUAAGGAAAAUAUUUUAUGUAGAUUUUAGAUUGCACAGAAUGGUGGUUAGAAUCCAGAAAAACUCUGAUCCAUUUUCACUGCUUUAAAAAGCCACAUUGUGUCCUGAGAGUUACUCAACCAUGUUCCCACAUAAACAAUCCAUUUUGACAUCUCUUGCUUGUCCUAAGGAGUCCCUGGGGGGUGCAAAUGUGUUAAGUAAUCAGCUACUAACCGAAAGGCUGAUGGUUUGAACCUACCCAGAGCCACCGCUGAAGCAAAGCUUGGUGAUCUGCUUCUGAAAGGUCACAGCCAUGAAAACCCUACAGAACACAGUUCUACUCUGACACAUGGGUCUCCAUGAGUUGAAAUCAACUCGACAGCAGCUGGUGGUAGUGGUGGCAUUGUGUGCCGUCAAGUCGAUUCCAACGCAUAGUGAACCUAUAGGACAGAGUGAAACUGCUCAUAGAGUUUCCAGGGAGUGGCUGGUGGAUUCAAACUGCCCACCUUUUGGUUAGCAGCCUGAGCUCUUAACCACUUUGCCACCAGUGCUUGUCCUAGUAUCAUAAAUCACUGAGCAAUUCCUUCUUAGGGCCACGAGCCCUUGGAUAUGGAGAAUAAGGCAACUCCAAGGAGUAGACAGACCAGGUGGAAUCCAGGUCACUUGGGUUCUAGAAGAGGCCCUGCCAUUAACUGGCUACAGUGGUGGCAGAAACUUUUGGCAACUGCCUCCUUCUCUGAGAACUAUGACGCCAGCAUAGUGAUGGAGCUGACAGCUGGGUUUGACCUCAUGACCAUGUCUCCCUGGUCAGAGCUCAUGGGACCACUGGGGCUCCCUGACCUGAGGCAGGGCAAUCGGAUUCUCUUGGUCAUUUGGACUGGGGCCUGAAAGACACCAGCCAGUCUAUGGUUCUGUGAAAUGAAGACAUGUAAACAUGGGGAACAUGGAGCCACAACGGGCAUACAGGAGCAGAAAGGGCUGGUCUGCAGAAGACCAAAGAAUGACAUCAGUGUGCUGAGAGAAGGAGAACCUGGAAGGAAAUAGCCCCAGAGAGAAAGAGAGAGAGACUGAGAUGGUACCUGCCAUGGUAACCAUUGGCAUUCCAGGGCCUGGUUCUAGCCCCUGGUCAGGCCUGGCUGGCCUACUCAAUCUUGAGUUCCAUAAAUUACCCACCCCAUCCCUUUAUAUUGCACCCCCUUUCCAGCUGAAGUUAGUUUGAGUGGGCUUCUGUGACUUGAAAAUGAAAGAGCUUCAAGAGCCCAUCUCGUCACUCUUUCUCAGUUUUUGUUUUAAUUGUGGUAAGAAUUUAUUUUUCUUUUUAAUCUUUAAUGAUAAUUAUGUAUAUAGUAAAUGUUAAUAAUAUUGUUAAUGUUAAAAUGACAACCAAAAUUCAAGAAAAAAAUUGUGCACCUAAUCAAAUCAAUGAUGUCAUUGUCUGUGUUGUUUUCUGGUUCUUUUUCAUAUGCUAAUUUUCUUUUUACCUGAAUGAACUAAUGUAAUACAUAAAAUGCUGCUUCCUUUUUUUUUUUUUAAUUGUACUUUAGGUGAAGGUUUACAGAGCAAAUUAACUUCUUAUUAAAUAAUUAAUACACAUAUUGUUUUGUGACAUUGGUUGCCAACCCCAAGACAUGUCAACACUCUCCCCUUCUCAACCUUGGGUUCCCUGUACCAGCUUUCCUGUCCUUUCUUGCCCUCUCAUUCUUGCCCCUGGGCUGCUGUGCCCAUUUAAUCGGGGUGAACCUCGGGAGUGACUUCAUUACUGGAUUAAAAGGGCAUCCAGGGGCCAUACUCAUGGGGUUUCUCCAGUCUGUCAGACCGGUAAGUCUUGUCUUUUGUUGUAAGUUAGAAUUCUGUUCUACACUUUUCUCCAGCUCUGGCCGGGACUCUCUAUUGUGAUCCCUGUCAGAGCAGUCGGUGGUGGUAUUUAGCAUUAUAUCAUGAAUAUUUUCCCUUUUUUACUUUUUAUGUUUUUAAAAUAUAUUACUUUCCUCUCCUUGACUACUUUCCUCUUAGUC